AUGCUAUCGAAAAUGAAAUGCACUCUUACCCAUGACGUCGUCAGUGACCUUCAGGAAGCUUUUCGCCUUUUUGACAGCGCUGAUGAGGGUGUUAUAGCGAUGUCACGGGUCAGGUCUCUGGCCUUCAGCUUGGUACCGAAGCUAAAUGAGGGGAUGUUCUCCCGUGUUUUAUCCACAACGAAGCUGGAAGGCUGUGAUGUGAUCAAUUUUCCACAGUUCGUGGUACUUUUUUCCACAUUGAGUGAUGUCAGCACACGAGCUGAAAACUUUGGAGUUGAUGAACUCGUAGAAGUUUUUUCUCACUACGAUACCAACCGAACGGGUUAUAUUGACUUAAACUGUUUUCUCCAGAUAAUGAUGGAGGAAGGAGAACUUCUCUCGGCUGUGGAGGGUAGUGAGCUGGUUUUGCACCUUCGCCGCUUCGGCUGUGUUCAUUUGAACAAAGUUAACUACUGCAAAUUUGUCCAAAGACUCGUUGACUCUAGUUUAUUGAAUCCCUUUUCUCACUUCUUCGUUUGA